AUGGGUCCUGGAAAAAAUGAGUCACACAUUAGUUAUUUUGCCAAAACAUUACAACAGGAUGAUGAGAAACUCUGCAACUUGGAUGUGCUGGGGUUACAAGAUCACCCUAUGGGAGACCAAAAUAUGGUGCAUGAAGAAUUUAAAGAGUCGUUGCAAAGGAACCCGGAUGGAAGUUAUAUCACCUGUCUGCCAUGGAAAGCAGUACACCCACCACUGAAAGAUAAUGCGACUAGUGCCAAAGCUCGUUUGGGAAGAUUACUUAAGAAGAUGUAAAGAGACCCGGACUCUUUGCUGGAAUACCACAACAUUAUUCAAGAUCAAUUCAAUCAAGGAAUCGUUGAGCCAGCACCGGAUGUGCCAACGGGGGAUAACGUCUUUUAUCUACCACAUCGACGAGUGAUAAAAGAGUCCGCUGAAACUACGAAAAUGCGCAUAGUCUACGAUGCCUCCUCUCGUGAAACUGCUCAAGCUGCUUCUCUUAAUGAUUGUUUUGAGACAGGCCCACCGUUGCAGACUCUCUUGCACAACGUCGUCGUGAUAAAUCGUUUGUGUCCGAUUGGGCUGACUGCUGAUGUGAAACAAGCCUUCCACCAAAUAUGGAUCAAACCUAAAGAUCGUGACGUCUUCCGGUUUUUCUGGAUUUCUGACCUGGAUCACAAGGACAUUGUGGUUGUGUUUCUAGUCCGUUUUUGCUUGGGGCAACAUUGCAAGAACAUUUGAACACUUUGGAACAGAACUACCCAGGAACUGUAGCUGAAUUAAGAAAUGAUCUUUAUGUUGAUGAUGUAAUUAGUGGCGGCACAUGCGAGCAAGAGGUGGGGAAGAUCAAAGAGGAAGCCAAAGAGAUCUUUGACCAGGGAAGCUUCACACUUCACAAGUGGCAUUGCUCUGUAGUCAGUUUAGAAGAACCAGAGAACAAUGACUCGGAACAAACAUACGCGAAAGAAAGUCUCGGAACAAAGACUGCCGAAGCGAGAAUGUUGGGAUUGAAAUGGAACAAACUAAAGAACACUUUAGCUGUUGAUUUUACAAGUUGUAAGGCAACGCAGGAAUACACAAAGAGAGGAAUCUUGAGGGCUAUGGCAAAGGUUUACGAUCCUUUGGGGAUGGUAUCUCCUGUCAUGUUGGAAGCGAAACAUAAACCGAAUUGUCUGCGAGAAAAAAUUACUAUGGGAUGCACACAUGGAAAAGGAGAUGGAAUUAAUUUGGCAUCAGUGGCUAAAGAAAUUGCCUGA